AUGGACCCCACACCUUCGUUCCACCGCCGAUUUCCUUCCAACUCCGACCGAUUACUCGGUGCCUUCAAUUUCUCUCCUCCCUCCAGUGUCACCACCUCCGCCGGCGAUGAACUCAACGAAGCUGAACUGUUUUGGUCAUCUGACAGCUCUGAAUCUGAAAAUCAAAAUCAACGUCCCCCGCCUCAACCGACUGCGUUAACUCGUCACCGGAGUUUCGAUCUAUCUCAAGACUCCGGUAUCCUCGCUGUUCUUUCAGGUCCAGACAACCGUGAUUCACCGGUGUUUCGUGGUAAAUCUCCCGUUUCGUCAUCAAGAAUGAUUCCGUCCUUUCCGAGACCUAGACCUUCUUCUGGUUAUAACUCCGAGCAAUUAGUUCAGUCUAUGCCUGCUAGAAAGUUCCAACAAUCGGCUCCUGUAAAGGUUCCGGUUCUGCCACCGAGUCAAUUCUCAAGACGGCGGAACGUUGACGCACUGGCGGUGUUGGACGAUGACGACGACGAUGGCGAGGAGCUGUUGCCGCCGCAUGAACUUGUGGCGAGAGGCUCCGGAGUUUCGCCUAGAACUACUUUUUCCGUUUUGGAAGGAGUUGGGAGAACUCUCAAAGGGAGAGAUCUCCGUCAGGUGCGAAACGCGGUUUUGCGCCAAACCGGUUUUCUUGAUUAA